AUGGUUUCAUUUCAUAAAAUAUAUAUUUUAUUCCUCAUAUUCACUUUAUAUUUAAAUGAAAAGGCAAUAUGUUCCAUAAAUGAUAACGAAAAUGAAACUGUAACUAGUAGUCACAAUUUACAAUAUAAUGAUAAUAUCGAGCAGUUAAAAUCGAUGAUUGGAAAUGAGGAACUACAUAAGAAUUUAAAAAUAUUAGAAAAAUUAAUUUUAGAAUCGUUAGAAAAGGAUAAAUUAAAAUAUCCUCUCCUUAAACAAGGAACAGAAGAAUUGUUAGAUAUAUCGAAAUUUAAAAAAAAAAAUGUUAGCGAUACGAACGAUGAAACUUACAUCGUACCUACGAUCCAAUCGUCGUUUGACGAUAUGGUAAAAUACGAACAUCUAAUGAAAAAACAAUUAAUAGAAAUUUAUAAUUCUGAUAUUUCAGAUAUAAUUAAAAAAAAAAUAUUUAUUGUACGAACAUUGAAAACAAUAAAAUUAAUGCUUAUACCAUUAGAUUCGUACAAACAAAACAAUGAUUUGAAAACGUCGCUCGAAGAAUUAAAUAAUGUAUUUACAGUCAAUGGAGAUCCACAGAGAAAAACUAGUCCUGUAGGGGAUCACGCAACAUUUUUUAAUAAUUUGUUAACACAUGUAAGAGAAAUGAAAGAAAAUGAAGAGAUACUAAAAAAACCUGAAAUACCUAUACUUGAUGAUACCAAAAUAGAUGUCAUGGACACGAACGAUUUCUUUUUUACGACCAACUCCAAUAUAAAUUUUAUGGAAGCGUUAGAUGAUAUAACAAAUCAAUAUGGAUUAGGUUUGGUUAACCAUUUGGGUCCUCAUCUAAUAGCCCUGGGACAUUUUAUUGUUUUGAAACUAGCACUUAAAAAUUAUAAAAAUUAUUUCGAAGCAAAAAGUAUAAAAUUCUUUAGUUGGCAAAAAAUAUUAGAGUUCUCCAUGUCUGAUAGAUUUAAGGUUCUUGACAUGAUGUGCGACCAUGAAUCCGUUUACUAUUCCGAAAAAAAGAGAAGAAAAACGUACUUGAAAGUUGAUAGAUCACACACAAGUAUGGAAUGUAAUAUAUUAGAAUAUCUAAUACAUUAUUUUAAUAAAUAUCAGCUAGAAAUAAUAAAAACUACCCAAGAUACUGAUUUUGAUUUACAUGGCAUGAUGGAACAUAAAUAUAUAAAAGAUUAUUUCUUUUCAUUUAUGUGUAAUGAUCCUAAAGAAUGUAUCAUUUAUCAUACGAACCAAUUUAAAAAAGAAGCGAAUGAAGAAAAUACUUUUCCUGAAGAACCCAAUCGUGAAAUAAGUGCAUAUAAUAUAUAUUUGAAUUAUUAUUAUUUCAUGAAACGUUACAGUUCUUAUGGAACAAAAAAAACCUUAUAUGUCCAUUUAUUAAACUUAACAGGACUUUUAAAUUAUGAUACAAGAGCGUAUGUCACAUCACUUUAUUUACCAGGAUAUUACAACACUGUCGAAAUGUCAUUUACUGAAGAGAAAGAGUUUUCCAAACUUUUUGAAAACUUAUUAAAAUGUAUUGAGAAAUGUCAUUUACACCAACCAAACACAUUAUCAAAAGAUAGUAAUUUCCUCAACGACGUAUCCAAAUGUGAUGUAUGUAAAGGAGCAUUUUUAUACUCUAACAUGAAAUUUGAUGAAGUUCCUUCCAUGGUACAGAAAUUUUACGUAUAUUUAACUAAAGGUCUAAAAAUACAAAAAGUCUCAUCACUAAUGAGAACCUUAGAUAUGUAUCAAGAGUACAGUAAUUUCUUAUCACAUGAUAUUAAUUGGUACACAUUCCUAUUUUUAUUUCGACUCACCAGUUUUAAGGAUAUUGCGUACAAAAAUGUGGCUGAAGCAAUGUAUUUAAAUAUAAAGGAUGAAGAUUCAUUUAACAAAACUGUUGUAACGAAUUAUUGGUUCCCUUCUCCUAUAAAAAAAUAUUAUACUUUAUAUGUUAGGAAACGUAUUCCAAACAAUUUAGUAGAUGAACUGGAAAAAUUAAUGAAAGUUGGAACGUUAGAAAAAAUGAAAAAAGCUCUCACAUUUUUGGUCCAUGUCAACUCGUUUCUCCAACUAGAUUUUUUCCAUCAAUUGAAUGAACCGCCUCUAGGAUUACCUAGAUCCUAUCCUUUAUCGUUAAUUCUCGAACAUAAAUUUAAAGAUUGGAUGAUCAGUUCUCCCGCAGGGUUUUAUUUUUCCAAUUAUCACAAUCCAUAUAUAAGAAAAGAUUUACACGAUAAAGUCUUGUCUCAGAAAUUUGAACCGCCAAAAAUGAAUCAAUGGAACAAAGUUUUGAAAUCAUUAAUUGAAUGUGCCUACGAUAUGUAUUUUGAUCAACGACAUGUGAAAAAUUUAUAUAAAUAUCAUAAUAUUUAUAAUAUCAAUAACAAAUUAAUGUUAAUGCGAGACUCCAUGGAUUUGUACAAAACCCAUUUUGACGACGUGUUAUUUUUUGCAGAUAUAUUUAAUAUGAGAAAAUAUAUGACUGCUACCCCAACAUAUAAAAAAGUUAAAGACCGAGUGUACCAUACAUUGCAUAGCAUUAUGGGGAAUUCUGUCAAUUUUUAUAAAUAUGGUAUCAUUUAUGGAUUUAAAGUAAAUAAAGAAAUAUUGAAAGAAAUAGUGGACGAAUUGUUUUCUAUUUAUAAUUUUAACACAGAUAUAUUUUCCGAUACUUCGUUCCUACAAACAGUUUAUUUAUUAUUUAGAAGAAUAGAAGAAACGUACAGGACACAAAGAAGAAAUGACAAGAUGAGUGUGAAUAAUGUUUUUUUCAUGAAUGUGGCAAAUAAUUAUUCGAAAUUAAACAAAGAAGAACGGGAAAUCGAAAUACAUAAUUCUAUGGCGUCGCGCUAUUAUGCGAAAACAAUGUUUGCAGCAUUUCAAAUGUUAUUUUCCACAAUGUUAAGUAAUAAUGCAGAUCAUCUUGACAAAGCAUAUGGAUUAAGUGAAAAUAUACAGGUAGCAACAAGUACCUCCGCAUUUCUUACUUUUGCAUAUGUGUAUAACGGAAGUAUCAUGGACAGUAUGACUAACAGUUUAUUGCCACCAUAUGCGAAAAAACCUAUCACACAAUUAAAAUAUGGGAAAACGUUCGUUUUCUCCAACUAUUUCAUGCUUGCAUCCAAAAUGUACGAGAUGUUAAAUUAUAAAAAUUUAAGUUUGUUAUGUGAAUAUCAAGCAGUGGCAAGCGCAAACUUUUAUUCUUCUAAAAAAGUGGGUCAGUUUAUUGGAAGAAAAUUUUUACCCAUCACAACCUAUUUUCUACUAAUGAGAAUUAGUUUGUCACAUAUGUGGGCAACAGGAUCACAUUUGAUUCCCCACUUUAAGCCUGAAGAUUCUAGUUCUACUGGUACAGGAAGUACAGGAAACCAAAAUCCAGGUUCACCAAGCCCUGGUACUACAAAUACUUCCCCCCACAGUUUUUUCUUUAAUGACUUUUAUGCUCCUGAAGGUUCCCAAUAUUUGUUUUUUUAUUUUUUCACAAAUUUAUAUCUUGAUGCAGGCAAACAUUUUCCUGGAGGCUUUGGUCCUGCCAUAAAAGAACAAACACAACAUCUUAGUGAAAAAACAUACGAACGCAAACCUUCCGUUCAUAGUUUUAAUAGAAAUUUUUUCAUGGAACUAGCUAACGGGUUCAUGUACGCAUUUUGUUUCUUCGGUGUUUUUCCUUUAUAUGCAUAUUUUGAAAAUAUUAAUUUUUAUAUUACGAGCAAUUUCCGUUUCUUGGAUAGAUAUUAUAGUGUAUUCAAUAAAUAUUUAAUAAAUUUUGUAAGAACAAAACUUAAAGAAUAUACAAGUGACAUUCUAAUAAAAUAUGAACGUGAAGCAUAUUUAAGUAUGAAAAAAUAUGGAUAUCUAGGUGAAGUUAUUGCUUCAAGACUUUCGUCUAAAAAUAAAAUCAUGAAUUAUUUGCACGAAACUAACGAGGAGACAAUGAAUAAUUUAAGAAGAUAUGAUAUGGAAAAUGCGUUCAAGAACAAAAUGGCUACUUAUGUGGAUGAUUUUGCUUUUUUUGAGGAUUGUGGCAAAAACGAACAAUUUUUAAACGAAAGAUGUGAUUACUGCCCUGUCGUUGAAGAGGUGGAAGAAACGCAACUACAACCACAAUUACUCCCACAUACUGAUGAGACCACGAUGGUGUCCAAACCAACGAGUACGUAUAUUGAUGUUGAAAAAAUAGAAGAAACAGGUUCGGCAGAUAGUGAAGAUGAUGAAAAAGAGAUUGACGAACCAGAUGACGAAUUAAUGGUUGCACGAUUUCACUAA